AUGUGGUGUCAGGGGAGCCUAGAGGCUGAGGAGUAUCGUCUGGAUAAAGAAGGAAGCUCACCACCCUGGGACAGACAGAUGCCACUGGAUCCUAGGAACAAGGCCAAGCUCUCCAUCACACAGAUGACAGAGCACUCUGCAGGGAGAUAUCACUGUUACUAUCUCAGCCACAGGGUCUGGUCAGAGUGCAGUGACCCCCUGAAGCUGGUGGUGACAGGAGUCCAUUACAGCAAACCCAUCCUCUCAGCACUGCCCAGCCCUGUUGGAACCUCAAGAGGGAACAUGCUGACUGUCAAAUGUCACUCAGAUGAGGGAUUUGGCAAGUUUGUUCUGACUAAGGAAGGAGAAGACAGGCUCUCCUGGGCCCUGGACUCACAGCAAGACCCAAGUGGGCAUUUCCAGGCCCUCUUGCCUGUGGGCCACAUGAUUCCCAGACAGAGUGGGACUUUCAGAUGCUAUGGUUAUUUCAGGAGCAAACCCCAGGUGUGGUCACCACCCAGUGAGCCCCUGGAGCUCCUGGUCUCAGGAGCAGCUGACACCAUCAGCCCAUCACACAACAGCUCAGAUAACACGAGUGCCUCCCACCCCCAAGACUACACAGUGGGGAAUCUCAUCUGCAUGGGCAUGGCUGGCUUGGUCCUGGUGGUCUUCGGGGUGCUGUUGUUUCAGGCUCAAGACAAGAGAAUAGCCCAGGCUGCCACCAGGACCUUAACACAGAGGUAAAGGAGCACCAUUCAGAGUGGAAGAAACUGGGAAAUGAGGUCAUGUGCCCAGAAGGUUUUGGAAAAUAAUCUGGGACAUGCUGAGUGAUGUGUCUGCUGCUCACUGCAGGUGGAGGACUGGUUGGUCAUAUGCAGGGGGACAAAGU